CAAACAUCACAAUACUAAGUGCUUGAGCCGGUACAAGUAGGUAUAUACCUACUUGUUGUCAUUUCAUGAAAACAUAAAAAACGCGCUGUAGAGUUGGAUGACACCUAUGGCUUAUCAUGUAAGGUGCAAUUUUGCGUGGCUAACAACGGCCACCAAUCAAAUGAUCGAGGCUUCAAAAUGACCAAAUAAGGUCAUAAAACGCUUUCGCGCUGUCGACCGAAGCGACGCGUUGACUGACGACGGUUGGGACUCCGAUUUUCGCGCCUCUCGAAGACGGUCGUGCACUUCAAACGCAACGCAUUAAAAGUUUAAAGACAGUUGUCAUUACACAUUACGCAGAACUAAAACUUAGUGAAAUCCUAUAGUGGUGCCAUUCCAGCGUGGACAUCCAGAAGCCAUAAACGACGCCCGCAGAAAGCCGAAAAGCAAGGUAAGUCCAUAGGCUGUUAUCUACUGUUCUAUUCGUGUAAUGUUUGAAUGAAAUGACAACUGGUGUACUUUACUCAAAUAUACGCCGCCGCUAAUCAAAGUUUGUAAAACGCAUCAACCCCCAUAAGAAAGGUGGGACACUAUUUACACGUGUCACACCAUAAGUUUGGUCCAUUCGAGCCUAGGAUAGUGUUCUAGCUAUUAACAGUAACUAAAAUUCAUACCUACGUCAUACGUUAGGCAUACUCAUAUAGUUUUUUCUUCCGCCAUCUUUGUGAUAUCCAAAGAACGCUUAAAACUUAAUUACAUGUCUUAUCUCUUGUUAUUAUGAAGAUUUAAGUCAUUCCGCAUUUAUAUAUACUUACGUAAAGAAUAUCUAAGUAUUCUCGUAAACCCCGCGAUCGACAUUAAGUUCGAUACCUACCUACCGCCACGCGCACGCCGCUUCACGCAAUCUUUGUGUAAUAUCAUCACGAGAUUAGUUAUAAUUUAUUUAAUUCUCAUUCUCUUUUCUUUUCAAUAAGAUGGAGAACAGUGAAUUAAAAACGCAGUUGAAUAUACUUAUUUGCAAAAAGGAAAAUAUCUUCCAAAGACUAAAUAGGCUAUAUGAUAGUUCAAAGGCCAUUUCUACCUUCGAGUCUAGAAAAAAUGAUACUUUUAUGAACGAGUCUGAAACUAUCGAUGCAUUACAUGCGAAGUUCGAAAACAUAUUGGAUAGCAUAAAUGAUUUAUUAUUACAAAUAAAUCCGAAAGCCCAGCCUGACUACCAGGCGCUGGAUUCAUUUGAGGAUCUGUACUCAACAGUGAAAAGAGUUAGGAAUAAAAUUUUGUCAAAUACUAAUAAUAAUUUGUCAAAUACUAAGAAUGAAGCUCCAGCUACCCACAUUAAUUUGGCUCCAAUACAAAUUCCCUGUUUUGAUGGGAAACCACAAAACUGGGCUAUAUUUUACGAAACAUUUAAGGCGAACGUACAUUUAAAUAAAAACUUAACAGAUUCACAAAGGGUUCAAUAUCUUAUUUCUAAAUUGACUCAAGGUGCAUUGACCUUUACUGCAGGCUUAGUUCCAAAUGGCGAUACAUAUAAUAUCAUUUGGAAUAACUUGGUGAAAAAAUACCAAGAUAAACGCGCAUUAGCUACUCAUUAUUUAAAUAAUAUUUUCGAUUUGAAAAACUGUUCUAAUAAUGUAAACAGUUUAAAUAUGUUUAUAGAAAAGUUUUCUUCUUCAGUCGCCGCACUAAAACAAAUUGAUAUUUCCGAUCUUACAGAUUUUAUUUUAUUACACUGUGCCUUAAGAAAGAUGGAUUCGCAAAUAAUACAAAACUUUGAGAUGUCCUUGCAAUCGAAAAAUAUUGAUAUACCUACAUACACGCAAUUAGUAGAAUUCGUUCAAAUGCAAGUAAAAAUUCUCGAACGUUCUAACACUUCGCUUCAAAAAAUAUCAAAUUCAAAUUCCCGUAAUACCUACAAAACAUUGAUUGCACAGACUGAUUUUUCAAGUAACAAUGCAACGACAAAUUCUUGUGAAUUAUGUAAUCAAAGUCACUCGAAUCUUUAUCAUUGUAAAAAAUUUAUAGAAAUUAAUGAUCCUUUAUCGAGAUUUGAAUUUAUUAAAUCAAAAAAUGGGUGUAUAAAUUGCUUAUCACUUUUUCACAAUUUAAGAUCAUGCAAGUCAAGGGUCACCUGUUUUUGUAACAAAAAGCAUCAUAAGCUAUUGCAUAGGGAUAAUAAUAACACUAAAUACGCACAAAGGAAUACAUCAGCUGUUUGCAACAAUGCACAGAGUGAAACUGCGAGAAUAGUGCCGUCUCCCUUUGACGCUAGGAUAAACACCUCUCAAAAUUAUGUCGCAUCCUUCUCUAACGCACGCCAUACGAACACUCUGAUUAAAUCGAACAUGAAUGAAGGUAGGUCAAAUAUACUACUCGCGAGUGUUGUUGUAAGGGCUACGCCUUAUAAGAAACGUAAUAAGGUUGAUAUUAGAUGCCUGCUCGACAUCGGAUCGCAAAAUAAUGUUAUAACUUUAAAAUGUUGUCAGAUGUUAAGUUUACCUAUAAAGCCGAUAUAUAAUUCAUUCAUUAAAGGAAUAGGAAUGAGUUCACAGCCUAUUCAUGGUUAUGUAACGUUAGAUAUACAAUCGCGAAUUUAUCCUAUGAAUAAAUAUAAUAUAAGGGCACUUGUUUUAGAUUGUUUAACAGACCAGUUACCGACACAAUACGUUAAUACGUGUAACAUGGACUAUAUCAGCGAUAUACCUCUCGCAGACCCUACCUGGAAUAUCCCAGGCGGUAUCGAUUUAAUUCUAGGCGCGGAAUUAUUCCCGCACAUAUAUAUAGGUAAAAAAAUUAUACCUGAAACGCACGGUCCUGCAGCGUUACUUACUACAUUUGGAUAUAUAUUAAUGGGAAGCUGCAAUCAGUAUUGUGAACAAAGUAAUAACUCCUUUACCGCGCUAGCUAUAAACGAGUUAAGUUUCGAUCUGCAAAACUUUUGGGAAUUAGAUCAAAUUCCUGUUAAAAAACAUUUUAGUCCAGCGGAUAUCGAAUGUGAGAAAUUAUAUUCAGAAUCGAUUUCUCGUAACGAAAAUGGACGAUACUCAGUAGCUUUGCCAUUUUGCAAAAAUCCUACUACAUUUAAUGAUUCAUAUCGCAACGCAUAUCGACGAUUAAUUUCUUUAGAACGGAGACUUAAUCAUGACUCCACUUUACGCACGCAAUAUAACCAAAUCAUAAACGAUUAUUUGAGCUUAGGUUAUAUAUCCGAGGUUAAUGAUCUCGAAAAAAGGGAUGAAGGAUUUUAUUUAGCACACCAUCCCAUUAUUCGGCCAGAAAAAAUUACUAGCCCAGUAAGGAUAGUAAUUGACCCUUCGGUUAAAAAUAUUAAUAAUAUUUCACUAAAUGAUAUAUUACAUGUCGGUCCAAAUUUACAAGCCGAUUUGUUUACUCUUCUUUUGAACUUUCGAUUAUUUCCGGUAGCAAUGACUGCGGACAUUAAACAAAUGUAUCUUCAAAUUGAAGUUACACCACGCGAUAGGAAAUAUUUAAAAUUUUUAUUUCGUUUUCACGAUAAAGAACAUAUCCGCAUUUUUCAUUUCAAUCGCGUUCCCUUCGGAUUGAAGUCAAGUCCGUAUCUCGCAAUGCGAACAUUACAGCAAUUGUGUAGUGAGGAAAAUAAACGCUUUCCAUUGGCGAGUGAAAUUGCCAAAUCACAAUUCUAUAUGGAUGACCUAGUACACUCAGAACCGAAUGAGGAAACAGCGAAAGAAUUAUCACGAGAAUUAGUCUCAUUAUUCAAAUCUGGCGCCUUUGAGCUAGUCAAAUGGACCAGUAAUUCUACGUCACUGUUAGAUAAUUUACCGAACACGCACCGCACAGUUGUAAAUUUUUCUGAUAAAAAUAAUAUUUGCAAGGUGUUAGGUCUCGCUUGGGAGCCUAAACCAGAUAUAUUUCAUUUUACCAUCUCGAAAUUGGAUGAUAAAUGUACGAAACGCACGAUUUUAUCUUUUGUCGCUAGGCUAUUUGACGUUUUAGGUCUUGUGUCACCAGUUAUUUUGUACGCAAAAUUACUUAUUAAAGAACUUUGGAUAAAUAAAGUUGACUGGGAUGACACACCUUGCGAAAAUGUAACUAGAAAAUAUCUAGCAUUAACGAAAGAAUUCUCUCUCUUAUCAGAUUCUUUACAAAUACCGCGUCAUACUGGCAUUAAAGAGGGAAGUAAAGUAAAUAUUGUAGCAUUUUGUGAUGCAAGCCUUAACGGAUAUGGAUGUGUGGUAUACUUACACAUUACAGAUUCACAUAACAAUAUUAUUGUAAAUUUAUUAUGUUCUAAAUCGAAAGUAUCCCCACUGAAAAUAACUACACUUGCCCGGUUAGAGUUAUGCGCCGCUCUUUUAAUGUCGAAAUUAGUUAAAAUCGUAAAGGAAACUUAUUCUACUCGCAUUAAUAUUGAAGAAAUUUACGCAUUUUCCGAUUCAACCAUCGCUUUGUCGUGGAUAAAAUCCUCUCCGCAUAGGUGGAAUACAUUUGUAAGUAAUCGUGUUUCUCAAUGCCAAGAAAAUUUGGAUCCACAACAUUUUUACCACGUAGCAGGAAUUGAGAAUCCUAGUGAUUGUUUAUCACGUGGUAUGUUACCAGCUCAAUUAAUAUCGCAUUCACUUUGGUGGAAUGGUCCAGAGUGGCUUAAUAGACCACCUUCUGAAUGGCCCAAAAGUGAUUUUUUUCCCGCGACAUAUGAAACGCUGCCUGAGUUUAAAAGUAAUACUCUAAUAAUAACUAACGUUCAAUGCGAACAAUCUAUAUUAUAUAAUUUAACGCAACGCUUUUCCUCUUGGAAUAAAUUAAUACGCACUGUUUUAUAUGUUUAUCGCUUCGCUAGACUUUUGCCUGACACUGGAGAAGUCAAUAAAAUAUUUUUUGUUGAAAACGCUUUAAUAAAAGAAAUUCAACGCGUUCAUUUCGCUGAUGAAAUAACCCGCUUAAAAAAUAAACAAUUACCAUCAAAAAAAUUACAGAAGUUGUCUGUUUUUCUCGAUGAUAAGGGAAUUGUACGUAUAGGAGGGAGGCUUUCGAAUGCAGAUUUACCCUACGAAGCCAAACAUCCCGCCUUGCUUCCUAAACAUGAUCACGCAGUUGACCUAAUAAUUGAUAAUUAUCAUUUAAAGAACUGUCACACCGGAGCAGGUCUUUUAAUGUCGAUCAUACGACAAAGAUUUUGGAUUCUUGACGCUAGGACGGUUAUUAGGUCUAGAAUUCAUAAAUGCAAUAUUUGCUUUAGGAUGAAACCUUCGCACCCUUCUCCAAUCAUGGCUGACCUUCCGUCUUAUCGCCUCCAGGAAGCAAAGGCCUUCCUUUUUACAGGAAUCGAUCACGCAGGUCCGAUUCGCAUAACCCUCACUCGCAGACGUGGAUAUCAGUCACAGAAAGCGUAUAUAUGUUUAUUCGUGUGCUUAGUGACAAAGGCAAUACACAUAGAGCUCGCGUCAGAUUUAACAUCAGAUAACAUGAUAUCAUGUUUAAAUAGAUUCUUGAGUAGACGCGGUCCAGUAAAUACCAUCUGGACUGACAUGUCCGGGACGUUUAUUGGAGCAAAGGCUCAAUUAGAUGAAAUAUAUUCUCUUUUACUUAGCUCAGACUAUAAAAAUGAAUUUGGUCUAGAACUACAAAAAAAAACGAAUAGAAUGGAAAACCAUUCCGCCGCGUUCUCCACAUUUCGGUGGAAUAUGGGAAUCAAAUAUAAAAUGCGUAAAAGCUCGCCUUUAUAGAGUCAUUGGCAAGCAACUCCUUACUUAUGAGGAAUUAUUUACUGUACUCACACAAAUUGAGUGCAUCCUCAACUCGCGCCCGCUAGGUUUAACAACAUCUGACCACCAGCCCGAUAUUAUUACACCAGCGCAUUUUCUAAUGACCACGCCUUUAGAAUACUUUCCGACGACAACCUUUAACCCUGAAAGGCCUAAUUUAAAGAAUCGAAAACAGUUACUCGAUAGCCUCGUUAUGUCAUAUUGGAAGAAAUGGCGUUUGGAUUAUCUGCACACUUUGCAAGUCAAAGGCAAAUGGUGUACACCGGACAAUCCAAUCACCGUAGGUAUGGUUGUGUUAGUUGAAUUUGAUGAUGUACCACCUUUGCAGUGGCCUCUUGGUUUGAUAACCAAAACGUUCCCUGGAAAGGAUGGUGUAGUACGGGUCGCUUUAGUUAACACUAAAAUGGGUGAAUAUAAACGCCCAGUUGUAAAACUCUAUCCACUUCCCACGCAAUAAUAGUUACGCAAAUAAAUAUAUUCUCUGUUGUUAAUAAUUAAUAUAAGUAUUUUUCUCUUUAUAAAAUAAUUUAAUGUUUAGUAUUUCUUUAUAAUCUUUAAUAUGACACUUCGUCAAGGCGGGGUGUAUGCUUGAGCCGGUACAAGUAGGUAUAUACCUACUUGUUGUCAUUUCAUGAAAACAUAAAAAACGCGCUGUAGAGUUGGAUGACACCUAUGGCUUAUCAUGUAAGGUGCAAUUUUGCGUGGCUAACAACGGCCACCAAUCAAAUGAUCGAGGCUUCAAAAUGACCAAAUAAGGUCAUAAAACGCUUUCGCGCUGUCGACCGAAGCGACGCGUUGACUGACGACGGUUGGGACUCCGAUUUUCGCGCCUCUCGAAGACGGUCGUGCACUUCAAACGCAACGCAUUAAAAGUUUAAAGACAGUUGUCAUUACACAUUACGCAGAACUAAAACUUAGUGAAAUCCUAUAGUGGUGCCAUUCCAGCGUGGACAUCCAGAAGCCAUAAACGACGCCCGCAGAAAGCCGAAAAGCAAGGGUUGAGCUCUCCGCCGGGCAGCUUGAAGAAGGCAGUGCCGAGCUGCAGCAGCAAGACGUGGGGCAAGCCGUGUUCAUGCACCAGUAGCACACCUUCCACUGACCUUGAGUAUACAUUUGUUGAUGUGAAACUUCUUAUAUGAAUAAACAUGAUAUUCUAUUUUAUAGUAUAAACUUUUUUAUCUAGGAUAUAAUAUAACAUUUCACUAGUUAUUAAUUUAAUAAAUAUUUUUUGUUAAAUAAUUAUUUAUUCUCUACAAGGUAGCCUUUGACUACAUUGAUGGUAAUUGAUGUUACAAUCUUCCACCAGCCAGACCUAGACCAAUUAAGAAAACCAAAAUUGAGCCUGGAACCGAAUCCUUGUAAAUCCCCCGCAAACAUCACUGCGCUGUGUCUUGUAAAUCCCCCGCAAACAUCACUGCACCAUGGUGGCCAAUAAAAACUAUUGCUCCCUGUAUAAGAUGCACAAAUCGAGAGAAGUAACAGGAUAUUCUUUCUAAUCAUUUAAUUAGUGAGUAGUAUAUAUUUAUAUGCUGUGAUAGCACAGUGAAUAUGACCUCUGCCUCUGAUGCCAGGGGGUGUGGAUUCGAAUCUGAUUCGUGCACCUUCAACUUUUCAGUUGUGUGCAUUUUAAGAAAUCAAAAUAUCACAUGUCUCAAACGGUGAAGGAAAACAUUGUGAGGAAACCUGCAUACCAGAGAAUUUUCUUAAUUCUCUGCGUGUGUGAAGUCUGCCAAUCCGCAUUGGGCCAGCGUGGUGGACUAUUGGCCUAACCCCUCUCACUCUGGGAAAAGACUUGAGCUCUUCAGUGAUAUCAAUAUAUUUAUAUUCCUGAAUGUGUUUUCCUGAAACUGUUCUUGACUGUACCUUGCAAUAAACAUUCUUCAGUGCUAUUGUGUGCUGUGAUAGAAACAUAUUAUUAUGAAGAGAUCAGCAUACAAAAGACGUCCAUAUCGCAAAGUAGCGAUUUUUCAGGCAACCUUUGGUUUAGAAAAACACUAAAACUUCGGCAAGUAUGUAUCAAAAAUAACCAUUUUAUUCCGUAUUCCCACAUGAACGGAAACUUCGCGGAUGAAACCGCGGAGCGUCUGCUAAUCUAUACUAAUAUUAUAAAGCUAAUCUGUACUAAUAUUAUAAAGAGUUUGUUUGUUUGAUUGAACGCGCUAAUCUCUGGAACUACUGGUCUGAUUUGAAAAAUUAUUUCAGUGCCCAUUUAUCGAGGAAGGCUUUAAGUUAUAUAUUAUCCUCGUAUUCCUACGGGAUCGGGUACCUAAUCAAUCAGUCAGUCAGCUAGUUAAUACAUAAAACU